AUGCCCUCGGCCGACACUGCACCCUCCCUCCUCUCGCGCCUCUCUCCCGCACCGCCUUACCCGGCCGUCUCGCGAUCGUCCCCCGGUCGCGAGCUCCCUCCCCACCUCCAGCACGCCCUCGACAACGACGUCCGCCUCGGCCGCAGCCCGCCCGCCUCGUCGAGCUUGCCCGCCUCGCCGCCAAAGCCCUCGGCCAUGUCGACGUCGCCCCCGAAACCCUCGACCUCGCCGCGCAAGGGCACCUCGGGCGCCCUGCGCUCGCCUCAGCCCGGGUCGCACCUCUCGUCGCUCCCGGACGACGUCCUGAGCAGGUCGGCGCAGCCCAUCCCGGCCGCGCGCAGCACGCGCAGCUCGCGCUGGGCCGCGAGCCCGCCCACCUCGCCCGCGCUCGGCGGCGCGAGCAGCUCGCCUCAGGCCGUCUUUGGCUCGCCGUCGUCGUCGCGCUCGGCCAGCGCGGCGGCGGCGGCGGCGGCGGCGGGCACGACGCCCAUCGCCAUCAAGCUCGGCACGUCGCCCGCGAGGAGCAGCGGCCUUUCGCCGCCCAGGGCGUCGGCGUCCGGCGCGCUCAACCAGAUCGAGUCGAUGCUCGCCCAGCUCAGGGCGACGCCGACAUCGUCGCCUCCCAAAGCGUCGACCUCGGUCCCCAAGGCGUCGUCGUCCCUUCCCCGGCACUCGCCUCUCGUCGUCGCGGCCUCGCCGCCGCCCAGCGUGCCCGCCGUCGUCCCUCCUCUUCCUGCGGCCGCGCCUCCACCUGCGGCCGUCGCGGCAUCGACCUCGCCCAAGAAGAAGGUGCUCGGCGGGCGCUCCAAGUGGGCUCGAGCGGACGACGAUGAGCCAGACGAGUUCGCGUCGGUCAAAGAGAAGGAGCAGCGGCAGCAGAGCGCCCCUGUCGGCGACGAGGCGACGGAAAAGGACGCGCCUGCACCUCGGCCACCACCUGUACCAGCAGUUGCACCCGCCGUGUCUACGGCACCCGCUCCCGAGCCGACGCCGGCUCCGGCGGCCCCUCCUCCUUCUGCGCCCGCAAUUGCACCUGCACCCGCACCCGCAUCUCCUCCCCUCGAGCACCGCCCCUCGUUCGCGCCGUCGGUCGCCACCAUCCGCACCGAGACGGCCAACGCGCACCUGAGCUGGGCCGACGACGACGACGACGAGCUCCCCGACCUCGACGACUGGGGCAUCCCUGCCUCGUCGCUCCCUCCUCCCUCCUUCGACGAGCUCGACGAGCCCGCGCCGCGCCAGCCUCCUUGGGCCGCCGCAGCUCCUCCGCCUCAUCAGCAGCAGCAGCAGCAGCAGCCGACGCUCCCGCCGCUCGGCGCGCGCAGGCGCUCGCAUAGCAACGCGAGCGGCGGCGGCGGCGGCGGCAGGCACGGUCACGGCCAUGGCCACGGCCACGGUCACGGCUCGGGGCGUCAAGCCCGCAGCCCGCCGAUCCAGCACGCCCAGCCGCCGCACCACGCCCUGCGCUCGCCGCCGACCUCGCCUCGCGUCGCCGCCGCCGCGACCCAGCCGCUCAAGCCCCCGAGCCGGCUCUUCGCGAGCGCAGCACGCGCCGCGACGGCCAGUGCCGGCGCCGCAGGAGCAGGCGCGAGGGAGCUCCCGCCGCACGUGAUCCCGCACCCGGCCCAGGCGCCCUCGUCGUCCGCCGCCGCCCCCGCGCCGCCGUCCAAGCCGCGCGAGCGCAUGGCGCCGUCGAGCACGCUCUUCUCGCGCCUGAGCGGUAUCGGCCCGCCGAGCGCUGCUGGGCCCGGGUCCGGGUCCGCGUUGGGCGCAGGCGGCAACGCGGGCGCAAAGGGCGCCGCGCCCACGCCCGGACAUGCAGCAGGGUCAGGCGCAGGCGCGGCGGCCGGCAGCAAGCGCCGCUUGAAGGCUGGCAAGCCGCGAGCGUCGGGCGCCGCUGCAGCCGCCGUGGGGGCGCCUGCGCCCUCGUCGCCCGCGCCGGCGCGCUUCGCGCCUGCGCCUGAGGGCGGGUCGUGGCGUGCGCGUGGGCCGGCCGAGGGUGGUGCGGCGGCGAGCCGGUGGGCCCAAUCGUGA